AUGGCGACCGGCGUCGACGCAAAGCUCCUGAGGUCUACCAAAUUCCCUGCGGAAUUCAAUCAGAAGGUUGACAUGCAAAAAGUCAACCUUCAGGUGAUGAAAAAGCAAGAACCUCGUCAUUCAUUGUGGAUAGCCAGCAAGAUUUCCGACAUUCUGGGAAGCGAAGAUGACGUUGUCAUUGAGCUUUGUUUUAAUCUGAUUGAAGGGCCUCGUUUUCCAGACAUCAAGUCUCUUCAAAUACAACUGACGGGUUUCUUGGAUAAGGACACGGCGCCGUUCUGCAGGGAACUAUGGAAACUGUUCCUGAGUGCCCAAACAAGCCCGCAGGGUGUGCCUAAAGAGCUACUCGAGGCUAAGAAGCUGGAAUUGAUACAAGAAAAGGUAGGAAACAGGUUCAUCCAGAGCUAA